UAAGUUGUCUGUUUAUGUGUAAUCGAGAUGCAAAUUCGAUAUAUUUUGGUAUAAUUUGGUAUAGUUAUGAUGGAUUAACCUCUUAAGUUUGUGUUGUUUGCUUGGUCGUAAAAACUGGGUCUGCCAUAAUCUGGCAUAAUUUGAUUGUUGUAUAAACCACGAGCACAGCAACAGGGUAGGGUAAAUAUCACGUUUGCGAUAGUAUUUCUGCGAGGAAUCGAAAAAUUAUGACUGAAUAUGUUCGACACGUCAUGUUUUAUGUUUCUAAACAUCAUAACGAUAUUGUUUUGAGAACGAUGCCCUUAAUUAUUUGCAAUCGUACAUAAUCAAUAAAGAAUUGCGUGCCGAGAGACAAGCAUCAUGUUCGACAUAGAAAAUGCAGUAUUGCACAGCUAUGAGUGUUUGUACACAGUUGACUAUGUUGUCUGCUGGCCAUCAUGGUCAUGACGAACUUAUACCAUAGCCAAGCAUAGUGGCGAACGAACUCUUUGCCUCUUGAUUAACAGAUUGGCAGCAUGGCGGAAAUAGUGUACCCGCAAGGCUGCCGUCCAAUCACCGAUGACCUUGGCCCUGAUGAACUUGUCAGAAGACUAAAGGUCUUAGCCCACACAUUACAAGGUCUCGGUCAAGAUGAGGGCAUGUACCAGCAGUACAUCCCGUUGGCGCUGCACCUGGCUGACGAGUGCUUCCUCACGCACCCCUCGAGAGACGUCCAGCUCCUCAUCGCUUGCUGCAUCGCCGACGUGCUCAGGGUGUAUGCCCCGGAAGCGCCAUAUAAAGAUCAGGAACAGGUAAAAACAAUAUUCCUGUUCCUGAUCAACCAGCUCCAGGGUCUCCGCGACCCGAAGGACCCCGCCUUCAAGCGCUACUUCUAUCUCCUGGAGAACCUCGCCUACGUCAAGUCCUUCAACAUGUGCUUUGAGCUGGAGGACUGCCAGGAGAUAUUCUGCGCCCUCUUCUCACUCAUGUUCAAGAUUGUCAACACGGAGCACUCGACGAAGGUAAAAUCCUUCAUGCUGGACGUCCUCUGCCCGCUCAUCACGGAGUCGGAUGUCGUCUCCAACGAGCUGCUCAACGUGAUCCUCAUAAACCUGGUGGAGCCAAACAAACGAGAACACAAGCACGCUUACUCGCUCGCCAAGGAACUGAUAGUCAAGACCAGUGAAACACUGGAGCCUUAUAUACAAGCUUUCUUCAAUCACGUGCUGAUUCUCGGCAAGGAAGAGAAGGGUCUUCUGAUAUACACUAAAGUAUACGAGCUUAUAUACGAGUUGUACCAAUGCUGCCCAUCCAUACUGCUGUCGGUGCUACCGCAGUUGGAGUGCAAGCUAAAGUCCGCGCAGUUCUCGGAGAGGCUCAGCGGAGUCGCCCUCCUCGCCAGAAUGUUCUCAGAACCAGGAUCAGAACUCGCGAAACAGUACCCAGCCCUAUGGCGCGCCUUCCUGGGCCGGUUUAACGACAUCUCAGUACCAAUCAGAAUCAAAUGUGUGCAGUACUGCAUGCACUUCCUAGUACACCAUCCAGACUUGAGAAAAGACAUUACAGAGACCCUCAAACUAAGACAGCACGACGCUCAUGAACAAGUGCGCUACGAAGUGGUAAUGGCUAUCAUAGCGACCGCGCAAAGAGACUUCCAGGCCGUCGCCGAGUCAGAAGACUUGCUACACUUCGUCCGCGAGAGAACUCUAGACAAAAAGUUCAAAAUCAGAAAAGAGGCUAUGUCUGGUCUAGCUUUAAUAUACAAGAAAUUCCUAACAGAAGAAAGUGUACCACCAGCGACUGAGAAAGCGGUACAAUGGAUAAAAGACAAAAUCCUACACGGCUACUACAUGACAGCGUUAGAAGACAGAUUACUAGUCGAACGACUGCUAAACACAUCCCUCGUCCCGUACACGUUGCCGGCGGCGACACGUAUGAAGAAACUAUUCUAUCUAAUGUCCAAUGUUGACGAUAACGCGACGAAAGCGUUCAUAGAACUGCAGAAACAUCAAUUAGUAGUCCGGCGUACAGUCGCGGAAUGGAUCGAACUUCACAGAAAGCCGCCAACGCCGGCCGUCCAGAAGGAAAUGAUUGCUAAGGUCCUGCACAUCAGUUCCAAGUUCUUACCGGAGUCUGUCAAGUCGCAGGAGUUCCUGAACAAGUUCUCGCAGCAUAUGAAGCAGGCACCAGAACUGCUGCAAGGAAUGGAGACUAUACUGAACCCGAAUGUCAGCUGUGAAGUGUGUGUCUGUACUACUUCGAGUGUCCUAAAGAAACUCGGUCAGCCGGUGAUGACGAACCUGUACUACAACACGGUGAAGAUGUUGCUGGAGCGAGUCAGCUCGGUGAUGAUCGACCACGACUCGCUGCUCAUACUGGUCGGCUACGUCGAAGGCACUGUCAAAGGAACAGAUCCCUCGAUGGCGGAAGAGUGCGGUAUCGACGUAAAGAAAGCAGCGGAGCGUGGUCUGAAGCUGCUGGUGAUGUUGUCGUUCGUGUUCCCCGCUCACUUCCUGCACGAGGACGUGCUCAACCGGCUGACGUCGCUGCUGGAGCUCGACGACGAGACCGUCGCGCCGCACAUACUCGCCGCGCUCACCUUCCUCGGGAAAUACAGGCCGCUCAGUGAAGCAUGCCCGGCGUUGUUCCCGCGCCUCAUCACUCUGUGCAAAGCUUACGCCGAGGUCGGCACACCCAAACAGGCCAAGAAUGCCGUCAGAUGUCUGUUCGUGAACGUCCCUGAGCAGCGCACGCAGAUCUUCACGGAGAUCCUGGACACGCUGAAGGCGACGCUGUCGCCGCACUCCGAGCACUACCGCACCGCCAUCGUCACGCUCGGACACGUCGCGCACAACCUGCCCGACAACUUCCCCGUACACAUCAAGAACAUUGUCUCCAGAAAGAUCGUCAAAGAGCUCCUAGUCCGCGAGGGCGGCGCCAGUACCCCGGUCCCGGACGAGGCCUGGUGCGCGGAGGACCAGCUGCCGGAAGAGACUCGCUGCAAGCUAGAGGGCCUCAAGUGCAUGGCUCGCUGGUUGCUGGGCCUCAAGAAAGACGAGCUCUCCGCACAGAAGACCUUCAGGAUGCUCAAUGCCUUUAUAGUGCAUAAAGGCGACCUUUUACAGGUAAGACAAAACCGUCUAUCAAAAGCUGAGAUGGCGCACCUGCGGCUGGCGGCGGGCGCGGCCAUGCUCAAGAUAUGCGAACAGAAGGGCGUCGGCGACCAGUUCACCGCCGAACAGUUCUACAACCUAUCGCAUCUUAUGAUCGAUGAAGUACCUCAAGUCAGAGAAGCUUUCGCUACAAAAUUACAUAAAGGAUUGUCAAAGGGCAUCCCCAACAAGUGCCUGCCGCUGGACUUCAUGGGCAUGUACGCGCUGGCGGGGCGCGAGCCGGAGCGGCGCGUGCGCGCGCUCGUGCGCCAGUACAUGCUGGCCGACGUCGUGCGCCGCCGCGAGUACGUGCGCAACAUCACCGUCGGGACUAAAGGUAAACUGCUCUUGGAGCGUGCAGUGAGCCAGCUGCCGCACAUCCUGCCGGACUACAUGCUGGUGUUCGCGGUGCCCAUCCUCACGCACGACCCCGCCUUCACCGCCUACGACAACGUCGCGCAGCUAAAGAUGGUCAAAAACUGCCUAUGGUUCAUACUGGAGCCGCUGAUCAUGCGCAACGACUUCUACUGCUACGGGUUCUACAAGAGUCUGGUUGAACGCAUGAAGGUGCACAAGGAUGCGCUCAACGAGACCGACGAUGCUGUUAAUUAUAAAAUGUGGGCGGUGUGUGACCUAGCGAUGUCAGUGAUCUGGGCGCGGUCGCAGAGCUUCGAGUUGCGCGACUUCCCGUCGGACGCGCGCAUCCCCACCAUGUACUUCGCGCCGCAGUCCGAGUACUUCGCCAACACGCGCGUCUUCCUGCCGCCAGAACUACAGUUCCAACCCAAGAGGCAGGCGACGACAGAAGGCAAUAACACACGAAGCAAGAAGCGUCCUCGGCCGCUCCCCGAAAGAGAAAAUGCCAACGAUGUUGAGCCGUCAGAAGCGUCAGACACACAGAUACAACUGCCCGGACUAGAGAACCCUCCCGAAACUGAACUAGAGGAGCCACAAGCGAAGCGAGCGGUCAGCGACUGAAGACGAUCGCCCGCUGGCCUGUCCGGCGAGCACAGCGAGUAAGUGUCAGCUUAGCGAUAGAUAACGUGACCAAUAUAACUAUGUCACACACACAAUCUGUCUAAAUUAUGACACCUGUCACAUCUGACAGCUGCCAAAGUCUGAAGUUGACUCAACAUGAAUUAUGUUGCAUAAUAUAACUGCGCGAAUGCAAAAUGACUUAAAUUACGUUGUGUUUGAGAUGUAGGUUAGCCUUUUUUUAUAUUUUUUUAAUGAAAAUUGAUGUCACAUUUUAUUGACAGUAAAAAUUAUGCGUGUUUAAAUUUUUGUGUAAUUAUGGAAGGUACACAGUUAAUUGAAUUUGUAUAUGAUGGCGAAUUAAUUAGAGUUUAUAGAACUUAAAGGUCUAUAAGCUAUAAGACUCUUUUUAUUUUUAUUUGGCCAGCGAAUAAUGUAUGAAAUUAAUUAGAGAUACAUUUUUAUAUCAAGUCACAGUAUCUAUCGUUAGUGGACACUUAAUAUUGUACACAACUCAUACAUAAUAUACAAUCUCAUACAAAAUGUUGAAUGGACGUUUUAUUACAUCGAUUAUACUAUCAAGAUGGCAGAUGAUUUUAACAUUAAUUUCUAUUAUUAACAAAGACAACAAAAGUAAACUAGAAAUGAUUAUGCAAAUAAUUAAAACUUAAAAGUUGUCUGCUGUCUUCAGCCAAAUACAAGUAUAUCUUUUAUAAAAAAAUCACUAACAUUUUAUACAGUCUACUCAUAGUUUAAGAAAGACCAUGCAUUUUUAUUUAAAUGAAAAGAUAAUUAAGUAAUCUUUAUAAAAGAUAUGCUUUUGGCUUUAAUCUAGGACAAAACUCAGUCAUGUAUGUUUAAGCUGACCUAACAAAGACUGGCUCGUAUUUACACUGAUUGAACGAGUGAAUGUAUUACAGAACGAUAUCUCAGUUACCAUGGUAACAAGCUAACAACAUUAUCUUUUGUCAAUUGGCUUGGUAUGAGAUCGUCGUAAGUCCCAUAGCUUCAAGUUUUUAACAAUUUGCUGUAAACUUGUAGAAAUUACAAAUAAAGAUACUAAAAACAAGUAUUCCAGCAAAUAUAUUAAACAAGGAAUUGAUGGUCCUUUGUUUUGUAUGUGAUUCUAUGAUAGCCAAUUCACAUGUAUAAAUUAGUAUGUUGGAUUCAAUAUCUUCAUCUUUUAAUUUUGAAUACAAACUUUUUACUAAGAGUUAAUCAAAUAAGAAGAUCUUAAACUCAUACUUAUUAAUUACAAAAGCUACGUCAGAAGCUACUUUAUAAACUUAGCUUACACUGUCGUUCAAAAGCUAAAAUGUAAUUUCGGAUUAUGUAAAACGUAUAUCAAGAGUUAUUCUUGCUCAUAGUUCUGUUUAAGCAACAUUGCUAUUGAUGUGCCACUUGGAUAUCUCAUGCCAGGACCAAUUGUACAAUGUAAAUAACAGCAUUGAAAUAAUUAUGUUCAGAUCUCUGUAUAUUAACAGAUUGUCACGAAUUAUUCAAUAACUGAUAUAUAAUUCAUCAAUUUUUAUGUUCCUGACUUACAACUAUAGAAUACUAGCAAUCAAUUUAUCUUUUUAAAAACCUUGAAUUAACUAAACAUUUUUAUUUUUAUAAUUGCAUUGUCUGAUUCAUUCUUUGUUUCUGGAACUCUAAUCAAUUAAAUCUGAUGUCAAAUCAAAACAUGGUUUGUUGUUGGUGGACAACAAGACUAAAUCGAUCACAGUAGCUUUAUGUAAGAUUUAAGAGACAAUUUUCUCAGUUUUGUUUUGAUCAGAGUUCUUAAACUUGCUGAUAUUCAUCUUUAAUCAAUGGCAAAUAUUUCAAUUGGAUAUAAAAUAACCCAUCCAUUUCUCGGGGUAACCAAUUUUGUAAAUCAUAGUAAACAAUCAAUAUGGAAUUAAUCCAAACAGUAUAUUUUACAAAUUGUGACAAAAUAUGGUAUUUUUACACCUAAAUGUAAAUAUAAUACCGUUAAAUGAUAUUGUAUUCGGUUUCCAAGUACUUAUGUAUAAUAAAUUGCUAGCAUUCAUUUUUUAUUGCUCAAUAUUUACGUUUCUUUUUAGCAUAAUGCUUAACUAAUUCCAUACAUAAAACACUCAUAUUUUUAUUUGUCAUUUUAUGAAAUUAUUUACAUUUUAAUGUCUCUUUACUUCCUUGCAUUGUAAGUUAUUAUACAUAAGAUACUUAGGUACCAUUAUGAAGGCAAACGGUCUUUAUAAUCUGCGGUACUUUCAGGUGACAUGGGGUAAAUAUUAAGCCACCAUUUACCAUAAGAGAGGGAGCUUGUUGAUGAGAACGAUUAUAAUAAUCAUUGGAGGCAAAUAACUCAGAAUGAUUAUUUGUCGAGUUAUCUAAUUCCCCAACUAGGUCUAAUACAUUUUAGUUGGGCACUGACACUAAACGAUAUAUAAUUGGCAUUUUUUCGUUGUGUUCAAAUAGACUUGUCAACAAGUAAGCAUAGUCUUUGGUGACCAUUUCUGCCCGAAGAUAUAUGAUUAUCGACCUGUCGUCAAGUCUGUGUAAUUUUAGUCACCGAGUCGAGAGUACCGCGUCAAUAAACAUAUGGCCUUGAAUUGACAAAAAGUCUCCUGGAUUGAUAACCGAUCUAAGAAUAGAGAUAAUGAGUCUGUAUUAUAGAUUUUAAUGAAUAAGUUUUAAUAUCUUAAUGUUUGUUUCUAUCGUUGAUUUUAGUUGUCGGCUGGUCGAUGAGUUUUUCUUUAUUAUUGUAUAGCUAGGGCCUCGGCGUCGAGGCAACGAAUGUUGACUGCACUCUUGUGAUGUUGGUUCGAUAUGUCCGGCUAAUCUGUGGUCAUCGCAGCGGCUAAUUUUAAGGUUAUUAUUAUGUGUGUUGUCGAUACUUUGUCCCGUCUCUGAGAUACGACCGGGUAAUCUUUAUUUUAAACAAUUAUAUUCAAAUCUUUUUUUGUUAUCAGUAACGCCUACUGUAAAUCAUCUCAAAGAUUUUUAUUAUAUAUUUUGCUAUCAGUUUGUAAGCUACUCUUUAUUACGUAUCUCAGAAACCGGCCUUUAAAUUUAAGCACUCGUCAACUAUAAUAAUUUAAUUUCUCGUGAUAUUAUUCUAAAUAUCAAUGUAGGUUUUAUCAGGGAACGAACCCUGUAGUUUCAGACGCACUUAAGGAUGGUUCACAUAUCCACAUGAUCUAUUCUGUGGUAAACCGGGGUAUGUGCUCCUAUCCUUAAUCUACGCUAAGUCGAGAUCAGUAAGGUCACAGAUUUUUUAAUACAAAUAUUGUAUGAUCUGACGAUAAAUACAUUAUAAGGUUAUAUAGAUUAUUUAUUCUAAGUAAUGACAUCGCUAACAUUUAUUUCAUUAGUAAAUACUAUAGGGUUCCCCUGCUCCGCUCCGAUGUCCAAAACAUUCGUACAAGACCCGACAUUAAGUAAUAACUUUUUUUAUUGAUAAAAUUUUAAUUUAAGGUGUACCAAAAAAAGGAAAAGAUUUGCGACACAGCGUUCGCUUCACUGUCGCAGUGAUUCUCUGUAGUUAUGUAUUAAAAUAAAUAAUAAACACAU